AUUUUCAUUUUUUCGUCCUUAAAACUUUUGUAAACGGUGAAGGUUAACAACUCGAAAAAGCACAUUUUAUUGCAUUUUUUAUUCUUUUUGAAUAAAAAAACCAUGUUGUGUUUAAAAAACAUUUUGAAACUUGCUUCCGUGAAAAAUCUGCACCCCUAUAUCAGUAAUCAAACAAGGACAAUAUCAAGCAGCGUAUGUCUUCGGUUUUCGCGAGGAAGUGCUCUAAAUUCGGAUGAGUUUGUUGAAGACGAUGACUUGUAUGUACCUCAGGAAAGACCUCCCCUACCUAUGAUAACAUCAAGACAAUUAGAAUUCCCUAACCCAUACGUUGAAUCUAAACAGGCAUGGCUUGAAAAUUUAGAUACAGUCCAAUCACAAAAGCUUGGAAUUAUUGACCUUCAUCCAGAUAUAUUUGGUCGACACCCACGUCUGGAUUUAUUACAUAGCAAUACUAAAUGGCAGUAUUUAUAUAAAUACAUUAAUUAUGAAUGUAGGCAAUCAAGGGCAGAACGACCAGGAGGUGGAAGAAAGCCUUUUAAACAAAAACGCACAGGAAAGCACCGUGCUGGAAGUAUUCGCGCGCCACAAAACAAAGGUGGUGGAGCUGCAAUGGGGCCCAGGGGGCCAUUGUCAAAAUUCUACAUGCUUGCAGAUUCUGACCGUGUUCAUGGAUUGUGUAUAGCGCUGUCCGUAAAGUAUGCUCAAAGGGAUCUCCAUAUUGUUGAUUCAUUACAAAUUCCAUCAGAUGAACCAGAUUAUCUACUAGAUCUUCUUGACACCAGAUAUUGGGGAUUUUCAGCAUUGUUUGUUGACGACAGAGACAUUAUGCCUCAAAACAUUGCCCUUGCUGCCAGCGACAUAAAGCAUGUAAAUCUUAUGCCAGUUUAUGGAUUAAAUGUGUACAGCAUGUUAAAGCAUGAUACAUUAGUUCUAACUUUGAAAGCUGUUGAAAAAUUGGAGGCAAAAUUGCUAGAGAGGCUUCAUAGUCCAGUAGUGAAUGUUCCUUUUAAAGCGUAACAAAGCAACACAGAAAAUGUUAAAACAUUAAAUAUUUAAGAAGUGGUUUCAGUGACAUGAACAAUCAAAUCAUUUAAAUAAAUUUAAAUUUAUCACAUUAUUAGUGUUUUAAUAAAAGUUGUUCCGAAAUCAUUCUUUUGCAAAUUUUAACAGUUAAAAGGAUUUUUAAUGGGAAAAAAAUGUGUUUGUUUUUUUCUUUAGUUUCAGAACAUCCGGCCAUUAAGAGGCAGAAGGUCAAUAUGACUAAAUUGCAUUUUGGGCUGCCUCAAAACUUAGAAAACACUCAUAGUUGUACAAUGUAUGUGAUAAAACCAAAAAUGACAGUUUAAAAUGUUUUUUUGGCAGGCCUGGUAUCAUACCAGCAUAUAGAGCUGUCAUUGAAAUUAUCACAAUAUCAAUAAAUGUAUAUCAAUAUAUUAUCAA